AUGGCAUCUGAGGCGGAUGUCGAGGAGGAGGAUGUAUCGGCGACAGCAGAAAAUGUCCCCGACGAAAUCCUCAUGUGGGAGAAGGACGCGCUGGAGCGACUCUGGGAGGAGAUCCCUCUUCAUGGGUACCUCGGAGCCCUGCAGCGCUGCAUGGUGUUGGCAAAGCCGGGGGAUUACCAGGCUCAGCCGUGCAGGUCUGUCCUGCCACUCCCUGACGACGUCUGCGUGCCGAGGGAGGUGGCAGAGGGCCUGACGCCCUGGCACCCCAGCCUCUUCGCCUUCAACCGCGGUGAGGAUCUCCUGGCAGAAAGGGCCCUGGAGCUGGCACAGAGGCUCGUCCCCCGGGGAAUCAGGGGUGUGCGAGUGGGAGACCCGGCCAGCUACAUUGCAAACUGGUUGGCCAACAACAUGCCGAUCAGCUGGAUAGACCAGGUCAAGAUGUUCACUGCCCAGACCAGUGAGUGGCAGGAGCUGAGUAAGUACCGACCCACCAUCGCCACUGAAGCUUCGGAGCGGCUGGAGAUUGCUGCCGAGGCGCUGGGCAGAAUGGGGGCUGUCCGCUGCGCCCGGUGCGGGCACAGAGUGAUCUUCAUGAUGGCAGAACGACCCUCCACGGGAUGGAAUGGGCCGCUGGGAUCCGGACUGCACUCCUGGCUCCCUGGCUAUGGCUGGCUGACCACGGCAUGCAUGGGGUGUCAUCUCAUGCUGGGCUGGGUGUUCGUCCCCAUGCAUGGCCAGUACCCUCACAAGAUCUGGGCCAUCAUGCGCGAUCAUGUGGGCCUCACAUCUGGGAGGUAA